CUCUGGAGAGAGAGUGAUAGUUUGUGUUUGCUUGUGUGUGAGCGUGUGUGUGUGUGUGUGUGUGUGUGUGUGAGAGAGAGAGAGAGAGAGAGAGAGAGAGAGAGAGAGAGAGAGAGAGAAUGUGGAGGCGUAGAGCAAUGCAAAGACCGUGUCGUGGAGUUACAUUGCCAUUACGCACUAUUACGCACUGACAGCCACCUUCAAGAGAAGAGUCGCAAAGGAGUGGAUUGUUGGAUUCCUCAAUUGUGCAAAUAGAAGACAGAAGUUUCUCAUCAACUUUCAACCGAUCAGCAGCAGAACAGAUUGAUCUUCCGAGCAGCGCAGAGGCCAGCUGCCAUCCAUCCGCACAGGAAUGGUGGAUCACUUGCCGCUUGGUGAGGAGACCUUCCUGUAUUAUACUGGCUCCCCGGAGUCCGACUACAACUACCACGCCAAUGGUGGCGCGUUGCCCGGUAGCAUGGUAACUGACGCUUGCAUCUACGAUCACCACCACCCCUACCAAGGGGUGGCACUUUCCUCUUCCCCUCGCCUGUCUGAGGAUGACCUCAGCGACUCCUCCAGCCCUCGGUCCUCCCUCUGCUCCAGCCCAGAGUCCUCGUCGCCGACGUUGCGGCACGUCCUCGCCUCCAGUUACGAAAGCAGGAGCAGCAGGAGCAGCGGGAGCUGUAGCUCUUCCGGAGGCGAGAGUCAGGAAAGUUUGCUUGACCUCCUCCUCUCACAGGCCUCCAUUACCACCUCAUUAAGCUCUCAUGCCAACAGCAGCUCUCACUCUUCGCUAUCCCUAUCCACUGCCCCCUCUUUUUCAUCCUCAUCCGCCCCUCUUUUACCAAUGGGCCUGGCCUGGGAGUCUAAGAGGGAGCAGCGGUUGACUCUCAUCCAUCAGCAGGCCAAAGAGGAUGGUUACGAGUUUCCUGUCUUCCUGGACGAACUGCAGGAUCCUACGGCACUUCUCUUUCAGCCCACCCUGGAGGAGAUUGAGGAGUUCCUGGAGGAGAACAUGGUGGUGGCAAUGGAGAAGGAAGAGGAGCGGAGUGAUGAGGCGAUGUCGCCAUUGUCGGAAGACGCUGAGGCAAAAGGUUCCAGGACAUUAUCAGAGGAACUUGCAUCUUUGCCACAGAAUUCAGAUCAGACUGUGCCUGUGGUUCAUCCUCCACUCUCCUCCUAUGCAGAGACCAAACAUACACCAUGUGCAUCGGACAUGGACAGUUCACCAUCAACAGUGGAUGCUAGUUGUAUAGGUGGUUCUACCAGUAGUGUUGAUGGGAUAAAACAAGAGGAUUGUGGGUCCCCACCAGCCUCAUCAGAAGGUACAAGUGCCUCCAGUGUGCCUGUCAUCCUCCAAAUCCAGCCCAUACAGAUCAAACAAGAGCCAAACCCUAGCGCAGUAUCAGAAGAUGCGACACAUCAAACCCAGUCCCAGAAAUCCCAAUCACAGCCAAACCAGGCCCCGUCAGAUAUAAAAAUUGCCCAACUCCUGGUCAACAUCCAGGGGCAGACCUUUGCCUUGGUGCCUCAGCUGCUUUCCCCGACAAACAUUGCCAACUCGAGCAAAAACGGAAACACCCUUUCGCCCAAAUUUGUGCGGAUUGCACCGGUGCCUAUUGCAGCGAAACCCAUUGGGCUCGGGGAAGGCGGGUUAGGAGGUGGCGCAAAUGCAGGGGUCCUUGUCGGAGGUCAGAGGUACCAGAAGAGUGCAGUAGCAGACCUCAUUAAAAUGCACAAGUGCUCUUUUCCUGGCUGCAAUAAGAUGUACACAAAGAGUAGUCACCUAAAAGCCCAUCUGAGGAGGCACACAGGGGAGAAACCAUUUGCCUGCACAUGGCCCGGCUGUGGAUGGAGGUUUUCCCGGUCCGACGAGCUGUCCCGACACCGCCGCUCCCACUCAGGAGUGAAACCAUACCAGUGCAUCGUAUGCGAAAAGAAGUUCGCCCGCAGCGAUCACCUGUCGAAACACCUCAAAGUCCACCGCUUUCCACGAAGCAGCAGGACAGGACGCUCUGCCAACUGACUCUUCUGAUCCCACUUUGACAGACUGACGCUUACAAAGAGGGGGAAAUGGGUGCUGCUGCGCUCAUGUAUGUGUGUGUAUUUGUGUGCGACGAAAGACAGGAGGGGAGGGGAGUGAAAGGCCAAACACCUUUUAAAAGAGUCCUUGCAGGACUCUUGAGCUGGUGUGUGUUUAUGUGUACGCGUGACGUACAUUCAUGGUACUGUUAUAAUUUAUUGGGUGGCGAGGAAAAGACUGUAAAAACUAACUAAAACAGAAAACUGUUACUUGACACAACACCCUCACAGGUGGAAUAAGCUUUUUGUAUAUUACAACUUUUUUUGUCAAAUCUUUAAGCCUAUUUCAUUUGAGGGAAGAUUUGCUACUUUAUUUUUACACUUUGGGGUGUGUGUGGUAUUGUUAUUGCUGGAGUCAAAAGCCUUAUAUAAAUGAAAAAAUGCAUCACUAAGGGGUCUGCUAACUACUUAAAACCCCAUUUUGUACCUUCCUGGAGCCAAAUGUUGUUUUAAAGAAAAAGCAAAAACUCAUCGCUUAAUGGCUUGAAUUGAUUUGUGUUUGCCAAACCACAAGAGCUUACUAACCAUUGAGAACCAUUGGAAACCAUUGGAAACCAUUGGGAACCAUUGGGAACCAUUGGGAACCAUUGGGAACCAUUGGGGCCUUGGUUAAAUAUUUGUCAACAGAGUAAAUAAUGCAUUAACAUUCCUGUAGAUUUGAAUAAGUGUCUCUCUGUGGCCUUUGAGUGUUUUUACAGGAAGUAACCUCAAACACAAGAACAAUGCUCAUGUUCAUGUUGAAUUACUGCUCACCAUCAAACAUCAUGUCACCAUGUAAUUUGCACUGGCACACAGGACAUUUCUGGUUGUCUGCCCACAGUUUGUUUUCUAAGUAUUGUGAUCUGACUUCAUUUUUACAUUUCCAGAUCCAAACAAACUACAUCCAAUGGUAAUCUGUGGAAUAUUUCAAUUUAACGCUUUGUCUUCAACUCAUCAUGUACCACAUCAUUUCUUUUCUAGUUUUGUGAUGCCAUAUCAUUUAUAAUUGUAUGUCACUUCAUUUACUUCAUGUCAAGAAAUGUGAUAAAAAUUCAAUACGUUAGUGACACACAGGGAAGGGCUACUGUUAUAAUUAGUCUUAAUGGGCUUAUUUUGACAAAGAUUUUACAUAUCAAAUGAUAUGAAAUUAUAUAAAUAAUUCAAAUGGAUAUUUUUUGCACUUGUUGCCUAUUCGUUGAGACUCAAAUCAUGCGCCGCAACAUCAAAUAAUAGUUUUACCCCAGAUCUACUAAAUAAAAGCAAGCAUAUGGACGUUUUGCUCAACAGCACCCCCUGUUAUCCAAAGAGCAAUUACAGGAUAACUGCAAAUAGCAUAACCUAGCAUAGCAUAAAAGUAGCACAAAAGACAGUGUCAAGAAAUAUUUCCCACUUGAGCUACUGUUCAUACCAGACUAAGUAAGUUUGUAUCAACAGAACGCUUUAUUAAAGUUAGAAAAGCAGUGCUAUAUUGCAUAUAUUUUAUAUUUUAAAUCAACAUUUUUUAUUUGUGAAUGAAAAUGUUGUACCUUUCUCAAAGAGGCAUGAAGUAAAAAUGUUGCCUCGCCAUUACAAACCUUUUCUUCCCAUAAAACAUUUUAUAUUCAGUUCCUCCAACAAUUUGAAUUCAUGAAUGAAAAAUGAAAUGAUUUGCAUUUCAAAGUUAACCCCAUUUUUUUGUGUUUAUUUGUUUAGACUGGAAUGUUGUGUCAUUACAUCAUGAAUUGCCAUCUAAGAAGGAUUUGUAAUGAUUCAUUUUCUUGUUGGGGGGUCUUAUCACUUAAAGUAUAGUUUCCAAAGGUAAAUAGAGAAUUGCAGAGCAUUCAAAAAACAUGUUUUAUGGGUUCUCUGUCUUGAAUAUAUAACAGAUCUUGCCAUGAAAUUACAUCUUGCCAUGAAGUGAAACGACUUUGUCUUGUACUGUAGGACAACAGUGACUGUUAAGCUUUUUUGUUAUAUUACUUUUACUUGUAUUGAUUUUCUAGUGUGCGUCAUCCUGCAUCUCAGUUCGAUUAAACCAAAUGUGUCGCAAAUGGGGGGACGCAAAAUGCCUGCUGCACGGACACGGUUGCAUGUGCCAUCAAGUCAAGAAUCAGUUAUCACCAUUCGGUAUUGAAAUGAUUUGAAGAAAGGAAAGCUUGAACUGGAAAGGGGUUGAUUUGUAAAUGUUUGAUUUGCCAACCCCAACUCUCACCCACAAUGAUUGACAAACCCUUUGAGUGUUGGGUACGCAGAAGCUGAAGAGGCGCUGUAUGGAAGAAUUAUCGAUAUCAAGCAUUCCUUCCAUACAAUCAGAAGAGAGACUUUUCUGAAUGGGUGUCAUAUUUGAGCCUGUGAAUGUAUGUAAAUACUGUAUAUGCAUCUAAAAGGAGAACUGAAAUAUUCUUCUAGUGAUUUAUGUGAUUGUGAUAUAUUUUUAAAAUAUAUGUAAAGAAAGAGUACGUAACGUGAUAAUUCAAAUAUAGAGUGAAAAAUGUAGCGACUUUGGUUCGUUUUUUACACAACAAAGAUAAAAAGGCUUAUCAAAUGUUUCAUAAUACAUCCCUGGAUUAUUAUUUGUUAUGCAUUUUUCCCUAAGCUAACAUUUUCUUAACUUGCACACCCACUUUGUCUGGUGCAAAUUGCAAUACAGCAAAAAUGUAUUAUGAAACAUGUGAUGAGUAUGUUGUGUGCUCUGUAAACCGAUAAAAAUAAAGAGUUGUUUAAAAUGUUAUAUUUUUGCUUUUGUUCAUAUGUAAAACACAUUUACAAUAAAAAUCCUCCUGAAGAUAAA